CGUUUGUUAUACACUGCAAAGCACUGCGGGAUGUUUGUCAAGCGACACUCUCAUUUGGGGCAGGAGGAAAGCCAGUGGGAGACCUCAAACUUGGCUGAGAAAAAAAAGGACAGACUAAAGGAAUAGGAAUGCAAUAUAAUGGGAGGUGGACCUAAGAAGCAGAUCAGCGUUAGACAGCAAUGAUGAGUGAAUUCAUUAAUGGAAUACAGCUUUGAGAGGAAAAAAAAAACACUCAUUCAUGACUUAUGACUCAGCACUGGGAACUCUGACUGAAUCCAUCUGUGAAAACAAAGUUUUAGUCAUCGAAUAACAGAAAGGAACAAAUAUUUUGAGGGAGAGUGAGAGGGAUAAUAAAUCUGUAAGGAAACGAUGUGCAGGAAAAUGACCUUUGGAAUAUAUCCAGGCCCUUUUCUGGUCUUCUGUCUCCUUCUCCAUGGCUCUGAAGAGAUCUGCCCCUCCAUGUGCCUCUGUACAUCUGACAUGGUGAGCUGCAGCUCCAGUGCUCUGACCAAACUACCUCAAUCCCUGCCCUCCUCAUCUGUUUCUCUGGAUCUCAGCUACAACCAUCUGUCCUGGCUGGGUCCAGGCAGCUUCAACGGGAUGCCCAGACUGGAAAACCUCCGAAUGGCCCACAAUCAGCUCAGUGCCUUGGGCCAUGCAGUGUUUCAGAAUGCCUCCAGCCUCAGACACAUCGACCUGUCUUCCAACAGGCUGCGCGUGGUGGAGCAGCACUACUUUCAGGGGCUGUGGAGGCUGGAGGAGCUUCUUCUCUUCAACAACAAGAUCACACAUGUGGAAGGUGGCACGUUGAAUGGUCUGAGCAGCUUAAAAAAGGCUUACUUCAGCUUAAACCAGAUCACAGAAUUCCCAUUCUUCUCCAUCCAAGACCACAGUCACCCUUUCCUGACCAUGCUGGACCUUUCCUCCAACCGCAUGACUACUCUGCCAUGGGAGGAUGUGAAAGCCCUGCCAGGGUUGGUGCAGAAGGGGUUGUUCCUCCACAAUAACUCUCUGAUCUGUGAGUGCUCCAUGUACAGCGUGUUCUGGCACUGGCAAAUGAGGGACUAUGAUUCACUGAAAGACUUCAUGGAUGAGCACACCUGCACCAUCUACGGGGAGCCCCGUGCCUCCAUCCGCUUCCUCCGACACAACCGCUUCUUCCAGAACUGCACUGUGGGAAAAGCCGUCUCGCUGCCUGUGACUGUGUUUCUUUCAACUGUUGUGGUGUCUGAGGGAGAAAAGGUGCGUCUAGACUGCCAAACGUCCCUCAGUGGCGCAGACCUCUCAUUUACAUGGCUCUCCCCCAGCAAAGGAUACAUCACCCAGACCGGCAUUAAUGACACACUAAUUAGGCUGUUCCCUAAUGGCACCUUGGAGAUCUCUGCAGCCAAGGUCAAUGACUCAGGUCUGUAUGUAUGCACGGCCGUGGAUAUUAAACAGAUGCUGAAUGCAACCCGUGAGGUCAAUGUGACUGUGGUGCUUCCUUUAGCUGAAUCGUUCAACACGGGCUACACGACGUUACUGGGCUGUGUGGUGACCAUGGUCCUUAUCCUCAUAUACCUCUACCUGACUCCGUGUCGCUGCAGCUGCUGCAAACAGCCCAGACCACAAGUCAUCCCAAUCGCCGCCUAUGACCCCAGCAGCUUCUCCUCCAUUUUUUCCCCUUCCACCGGCCCCAGAGACCCACUCAAAAUAAGCAAUAAGCAUGUAGCAUUCAUAGAGCCAGUGAUAGAUGAACAGAACGGGUGUCUGAAGGCUGACAUGGACCAGCCCGCUUUGCAGUGGGAGUGGGAGAACUCAGGACAAAUCAAAACUCCUUACUCAGGAAUUAGCAGUGAAACAUGAAAAUAAAUCAUCCCCACUAGAGUGUAUACCCAGUAAAGGAAAAAAAAAAUUCCAUCUCUCUUUCCCAGCUUUUGCCAGCCAUGGUUAAAAAGCCCUCUGAAGAAAGUGGGGGGAAAAAGCAAUAUCUUCUGUUGUACUUCUGCUCUUCCCUGUCAUUUGACCAGUAGUUGUCUGAGAUGAGAAAUGAAAGUUUCAACUUUGGUUUAUUAUCCCCAGAGUACUGACAUUGCUAAAUCACGGUAGAGCCAUUAUCAGUCCUAAAAAUCAGUUAAUAACUUUUGCUAUGUACUCAGGUGCUGCACUACUCUGGGGGAUCUUUCUAGCGUGAGCCAGCAGUGAAGCUGGCUGGCUUUUCACAGAAACUGUUUAACAAGGAUUAAAAGCAAUGGAAAGUUCUGUGGGUUUAUGACUCUAGUAAAUUCAGUUUGUGUAUCCAAGUUGAGUUGACGUGGUCUGUAAUUAGUGUGGUAGAGAUAGACACUAGUACUGCAACAGCUGAAGAUCACUUAACCCUCAUUUUUUGAUAAGAUGUAACUUGAACAUACGGCACAGAAAACUUUACCCAACUCCUAAAACUUUUGUUCCCUAUGUUCUUAAUAAAUGAUUCAGUCCCUUUACAUCA